GGAGAAUUGAAGCAUGGGUUCACUAGCAACUGCCGAAGCUUGUGAUUCCAAUGCAGCACUUGUCGCCAGCGGCGAAAUCCGAGUUCUUCCGCCCAUCUUCCGUAUCUACGGGCGGCGGCGAGCCUUUUCCGGCCAGAUUGUGACUCUCAAGGUGUUCGAGAACAACGUUCUGGUGAGGGAGCUUCUGGAGAGCGGCGGCGACGGCGGGGGUAGGGUUCUGGUGAUGGACGGCGGGGGUAGCUUGAGGUGCGCCGUGUUCGGCGGAAGACUGUGCCAGCUGGCGGAGAGCAAGGGUUGGGCCGGAGUAGUUGUGAACGGAUGCGUGCGAGAUCUGGAUGAGAUUAACGGCUGCGAUAUCGGCGUUAGGGCGGUGGCGUCGAAUCCCGUGAAACCAGGGAAAAAGGUCAUCGCGGAGAAGCACGUGCAAAUAUGUAUUGCAGGAACUGUGAUUCGUGACGGAGAGUGGUUGUACGCCGACAGCGACGGCGUUCUCGUUUCCAGCGCUCGCCUCUCCGGCUAAGCAAUGUUUGGAUGCAUUUCUUCGAAGUUCGAACCAUAUUUAA